AUGGCCUCUGCAGAACAGGUCAGCGAGGUCGCGGACAAUCACGACGAGCGGGAAACAACUAAAGCAGCAGCAGAACCAGCCGUGACUGGGACACCGAAACCAGUGUCUGAUGAUGAAGACUCCGAAUGGGAAGAUCUAGAUGAGGUACUGGACGAUUUCAGUGGCCCGAAACGAUCGACAAAUACCGCCGCGACAGCGAAGUCGUCGUCUUCAGAUACUCAAAACAAUGCAGCUGAGGAAGCAUUCAUCAAACAACUAGAGAUGGACAUGCUCGCCCAGCUGAUGGGUGGUGGUGAAGCCAGUGGCAAAGGAAAAGCACCGGCACCAGCACCAGUAUCAGCAUCAGCCACAACGACACAAAGCAACACGGAAGAACUAAGCCUACCGAAUCUAAUCAAAAAGCUGCAAGGUAUGUCAGCGGAAGAUGCAGCGAAAUUUGAGGAGAAAAUGAAAGAAGACGGCGGAAUGCAGAACCUUUUCAGAAAUCUGCAUGAUUCAGAAGGGACAGGUGCUGGCAACUCAGCACCUACAGGGCCAGCAGGGGUAGCAGGAGAAUCAUUCCCCGACACUAUUCAAAAGACGCUCGAACGCAUGCAAGAAUCCGGGGAGAAGGUUACGAUAGAAGCCAAAACAAGCCAGGACAAAUUGAUCGAUGCAUCGAUAGCAAGAUUGCUGGAAAUGGCCGACGCGACAGCUGCAAAUGGUGACAAGUUUGACGUCGAGCAAGUGUUCAGUGACGUGAUUAAGGAAAUGUCUAAUAAGGAGAUGCUAUACGAGCCUAUGAAAGAGUAUGAUACCAAAUAUGGGCCUUGGUUGGAGGAAAACAAGGCCACAUUAUCAGCAGAGGAUUAUGCAAACUACAAGAAACAGGCUGGAGUUAUAAAGAAGAUUGUGGAGGCAUUCGAAUCGAAGGAUUAUUCGGAUGACAAACCAGAAUGUCUUGCUUCUAUUUGGGAUCUUAUGCAACAGAUGGAAGCAUGCGGGGCUCCUCCGGCAGAUCUCAUCAAAACCUCCAUGGGAGACGGCAUCCUACCCAGCCUUGUCCCCUUCAUAGAUGAUAUACCUGCCAGCGGCGACUUGAACGAUAUUGAUCCCGGCCAGAUCCCUCCAGAAUGCAACCCGCAAUGA